CUAUUUCUUCACAUUGACGCUUGGACACAAACGUUUAGUAUAAAUGGACCAAAACCAACCAGACAAUGACAUAUUCACCUUAGCGGUUGUUAACUUUAGUCUCUUACCAACCCACAGCCACAAACAAAUCAAAAUGUUCAAAUUGUUGAUCUUCGCGUGUUUCCUCGCCCUCGCGGCCGCCAAGCCCGGCGUGCUGGCCCCAGUAGCGUACACCGCCGCGUACACCGCUCCGGUCGCCGCCGCGUACACCGCUCCGGUCGCCGCCGCGUACACCGCUCCGCUCGCCUACUCUGCUUACACCGCCCCCUAUGCCUACUCGGCGUACACCUAUGCUUCCCCUUACUCUGCUUACUAUCUACGACGUUAAUCAAAAUUUACAAGAUAAAAAGGACAAGGAUAAAAUGGCAAGAAUAAAUAUUUGAAUAGUCCAAAUUUA